AUGUCUAACUUAUUAUCCAUCAUUUUAAGCUUUUCCUCAAUAUUUUUACUCAUAGCAGCAGAUGAAGCAUCAAAUACAUUGAAUAUUCUUAUGCCUGAUGCUACUGCAAAACAUGUCGACGAUUAUUUAUGUACCGCAUUCAAAAUGGAUGAAGAUCAACCAACUUAUAUAACGGCUUUUAAUCCAUCAGCAUCAUCAAAGGAUGCGCAUCAUAUGUUAGUUUUUGGAUGUUCAGAACCAGGCAGUAGUGAUAAAAUUUGGAAUUGUGGAGAAAUGAGUCAUUCAAAUGAUCAUUCUGGACAAAAUUACGCAACAGGACCAACAUGUGCGUCAGGUUCAACUAUUAUUUAUGCUUGGGCUUUAGAUGCUGAUAAAACUGAAUUACCAAAAGAUGUUGCUUUUAAAGUUGGUGGUGCAACAUCAAUAAAAUAUCUUGUAUUACAAGUCCAUUAUGCUAAUAUCGAUAAAUUUGAAGCUGGUGAAACUGAUCGUUCUGGCUUAAUUCUUACAACAUCGCCUGUUGCAUUACCAAAAACUGCUGGUGUAUUGUUAUUAUCAACUGAUGGUGAAAUGGCACCUCAUUCACUUGAAGUAUUCGAAGUUGCUUGUGAAAUUGAACAAAAUAUUGAAAUGCAUCCAUUUGCUUUUCGUACUCAUGCUCAUAAACUUGGUCUUGUGAAUUCUGGAUAUCGAGUACGUGGUGAAGAUGAUGAUCAAGAAUGGACAGAAAUCGGUCGACGAUCACCACAAUUACCUCAAAUGUUUUAUCCAACUGAAAAUGAUGUUACAAUUAAACAAGGUGAUUAUGUUGCUGCUGCUUGUACAAUGUACAAUACUCAAUCACAUGUAGUUAAAAUUGGUCAAACUGGAAACGAUGAAAUGUGUAACUUCUAUAUGAUGUAUUGGGUUGAUGGUGAUGAAUUAUUACGUGAAGAUGUUUGUACAAGUCCCGGACCUCCAUCAUAUUAUUUUAGAAAUAAUCAAUAUUUAAAUGUUGAUAAAAUUCCUGCAAGUGCAUUUCGUAUACCACCACCGCCAAAUGGUCCAGCUCCUGGUGAACCUAUACAAGGUGGUCAUCAUAUGAUGAUGCAACAUAAAACAAAACCACGCCGACGAGAAUAUCGUAAUAAAUAUGUAUUUUAA